UAAGCUUUGCAGGCGUACUCAGAUGAUCGUGUAACGUCUGCUAGGAUGGCAGGGUUAAAAUUAAAUUGGGUGUUAUUAGUAAAUUUAACAAUAUGCAUUGUAUUAUCGAUAGCUGGAAGAGAUUUUUAUAGCAUAUUAGGUUUAUCACGUAGCGCUAGUACACACGCAAUUAAGAAGGCUUACAGACGACUAGCAAAGGAACUGCAUCCCGAUAAGAAUAAAGAUGACCCAGAUUCCUCUCAAAAGUUUCAAGACCUGGGUGCAGCGUACGAAGUUCUGUCAGACCCUGAGAAGAGAGAAAUGUACGACAAGUGUGGGGAGGAAUGCUUGAAGAAAGACGGCAUGAUGAACAAUAAUAUGGAUCCUUUCGCAAGUUUCUUUGGCGACAUUAAUUUCCAUUUCGGUGGAGAAUCUCAUCAACAACAGCAAACUCCUAGAGGUUCAAACGUUGUGAUGGACCUAUAUGUUACUUUAGAAGAAUUAUAUAGCGGAAAUUUUAUCGAGAUUACGAGAAAUAAGCCAGUUGUAAAGACGGCGAAAGGGACAAGGAAGUGUAAUUGUAGGCAGGAGUUAGUUACUCGCAAUUUAGGAAAUGGUAGAUUCCAAAUGAUGCAACAAUCCGUAUGUUCGGAGUGUCCGAAUGUGAAGUUGGUCAAUGAGGAACGUAUAUUGGAGGUAGAAGUUGAGCCAGGAAUGGUAGAUAAUCAAGAAACUAAAUUUACUGCGGAAGGCGAACCACACAUUGAUGGAGAACCAGGAGAUUUGAUAAUAAAGAUACAAACUAUACCUCAUCCUAUUUUCGAAAGAAAAGGCGACGAUUUAUAUACAAAUGUUACGAUAUCUUUGCAAGAUGCCUUGUUAGGUUUCUCAGUAGAGAUAAAACAUUUAGAUGGUCACAGUGUGAUUAUCCAGAGGGACAAAAUUACUAAACAUGGUGCACGUAUUCGGAAAAAGGGCGAGGGAAUGCCUAAUUACGAUAAUAACAAUCUCCAUGGCGCUUUAUACGUUACUUUUGAUAUUGCAUUCCCCGAUAACGACUUUACAGACGAACAAAAAGAAGAUAUAAAAAAAUUACUGCAGCAAAGUUCUGUGAAUCGAAUAUACAAUGGUAUAAAUGGCAAUUAAAUAUUUAAAUGCAGUAUAUAUGUACAAAGUGAGUGCGAAGUGUGUUUUGGUUGAAAUGUAUGUCAUGACAUUGUAUGUUUGUAUUAAGAGCGAUAUUCUUCCAUCCUUACUAAAGAAUACCAAGGGGGGUUGGUAUCCAGUUGAUCAUACUGGAUACAUAAAUUAAGUACACAUGUAA